GAGCUAGAAAAACACAGAUAAUGAAUUGGUUUAAUGUGCUAAUAACCAUUAAUUUAUCUCUGGCCACAAUUGAAGUCCAAAGAUGUCCAUCGAAUGGAGAAAGCUGGAAACUGUCAUCUGAUCGAAUUGGGUGCAACAAAACACAUCCUUAUCACUGUUUACCCAACAAUAACUUAACUUCAUAUGUGGAGCUAUGUUACAAACAUACCUUUUUUAUAGAAGGGGGAUGUCUAAAAUACCUAGACAGUGGCUAUAUUGACCAAGUGAAGUGUGCCGAGUUUGUCUGCGGUUGUCCUGAUAAAUCAUAUUACGGCGAUGAACUCUUUCAAUAUCCUAUGUGUUUGGACUUAUUUAUACCUGGAAGCUGUUUCACUGCACACAUCGACUGUUUAAAACUGAGAGUCAAAGCCCUCACUGUUAGAACAACUUGAGGAAGCAUGCCGAGAUGGCGAUGUGGACAAGUACUUUACAUUAAAAGAGCGGGACAACAGUCUGUUAUCUGCAUAUGUUGAUAAGAAUGGAUGGAGUUUACUACAUCAUGCAGCGUAUGGAGGAAGUGAAAUAAUUUUUAAAGAUUUGCUUGAACAAAAAGAUUUUGAUAUACAUAAAAAAACAAAGUCUUCAAAAACUGUUUUACAUAUAGCUGCAAAAGAAGGCAGAAAAGAAAUAUGCAGACUAAUCAUCGAUAAUACAGAAUAUGAAAAUCUUCUUGAUAUGAAAAACGAUAAAGAUAUGAAUGCAGGGCAUAUUGCAGCCAGAUAUGGACAAACUGAUAUCAUAGAAAUGUUGAUGAAAACAAGAUGUGACUUGCUGGAAAAGGUUGGACCCCUUCUCGAAAACAUUGCUAUAUUCGCAUGCAAAGGCAGAAGUCUAGAAACGAUGACAUUUAUAGGCAGCCAUCAAAAUCUAAAAGUUGCCUUGCAUGAGAAAAAUUAUCAGGGCUGGAACGUUGCACACUAUGCAGCAAAAAGUGGGAAUUGCGAGAUUCUGGAGUAUUUAAUCGCGGAGGAAGGAGUUGACUGUAUAAAUGAAUCAACGGAUGAAAAGAAAAACUGUCUUCAUACUGCAUGUGAAAAUGGUCAUUAUGAAGCCUGCAAGUGUUUGAUUAAAAAUAAUUCUGGUUUAUUACAUUUAAGAGAUAUCAAUAGAAACCAUGCCGGACAUUACGCUGCAAAGAAUGGAAAUAUCACGAUAAUAAAGUAUUUAAAGGAUCAAGGACUUGAUUUAGAAUUAACAAAUAAGGAAAAUGUGAAUAUACUGCAUAUAUCCUGCUUGCAUGCACACUUGGAACUGUUUAAGUAUUUAGCAAAAGAAUUCCCAAGACUUUUAAAUCAGAAAAGUAACAAAUCUAAGAAUGCAGUUUUAUUCGUCAUGCAGCGGAAAGACGAUGAAG